GAUCAAGAGAUCGAAAGCUGUUGACAUUGUGUGGACGUUGGGCCCUAACAUGUGAUGCGAUUGUUAGAUUGUGAUAUCAGUGCUGUUGUGGUGGUACUAGCAUUGCAGGGAAAGACGAGUUAUGUUAACGUGAAGGAACAUUGUCCAGGAUAUAUGCAUGUAAUGUAGAAGAACAUGAAAAUGUAAUCGACCGUCUCGUACCGUCCGUGAAAAGUUGCAAAUUGUGAUUCUAAAAACCAAAUCAGUGUUGACGCCCCAAAUAAAUUGGUUUGAAUGCUAAGAUUCGUGUUCCUUUGUAUUGAUCGUGUUUUAGAGUGCCGUAUUUGUUAAUACCGUGUGAUUUGUCGAGAAGCUUCUGUAGUUUCAGCCCAAAGUAGUAAUGUGAAAUAAUUGAUUGCUCCAGAGCCCAACAUUUAAUAAACGAAAAUGCAUGUUGACGUGAGAUAGCAUUUGGGAACUGCUGCCUGGUGAGUAGUAGGACUCAACAAGAGCUGUUUUAUAAUAAGAUACCAGUCCCUGUUGUGCCAGGGAACGGGUGUCCAUCAAUUGCAGGAAAUAAAGCCAUUUAAACUACAAAAACAUGGGUUGCUGCUCGUGCACAGUGAAAACAAAAAAAAUUUUGGUGUUUGGCAUUGGAGGAGGCCUUUUAGUCGUAGGACUUUUUAUUGGUGGCUUCAUGAACAUGAUAGUUGACAGUGUUCUGAGUUCUGCAAUGGUUCUAAGGGAAGGUUCCUUGACUUAUGAAAAGUGGAUAAAAUUGCCAGUAGAUUUGUAUAUGGAGUUCUAUAUGUUCAAUGUAACCAAUUCUGAGGAAUAUGCAAAGGAUCAAACCAUUAAACCAAUACUAGAAGAAAUUGGACCUUAUGUAUUCAGGGAGUAUCAUGGAAGGAAUAUUUUAGGCUGGAAUGACAAUAAUGGUACCGUAACAUUUCAGAAUAUCAGAACUUGGCAGUUUGCUCCAGAGCUUUCUGGUGGACUUGAGAAUGAUUUGAUUAUGACAAUAAAUGCUGUUCCUGCAACUCUUAAUUACCUAGCUCGUUUGAUGGGACCUGUGGAACGAGUUUUACUAUCAUCCUUGUUGACUGUGUCUGGAGAAGGAAUGUUUAUAAACAAGACUGUGAGAGAGUUGUUGUUUGAUGGUUACCAGGACCCAAUACUGGAUGUUGUAAAUAAAUUGAACACGUCUAUUUCAAUACCAUUUAAGCAGUUUGGAUACUUUGUUGAUCGUAAUGGUUCAGAAACGUAUGAUGGUGUGUUCAAUAUGUAUACUGGUAAGGACAACAUCGAGCUUCUGGGUACAGUUGCCGAAUGGAAUUACAACAAUUUUACACCUUACUAUGAGCGACCAUGCAGCGAUGUCACGGGCACCACUGGAGAACUCUGGGGGCCAAUCAGAAAUAAAAAUGAUGUUGGGAUAUUUGCUCCUGACAUUUGUAUGACACUGAAGUUGAAAUACAGUGGUGCAGCAGAGUUAAAUGGAUUGGAAGGCUAUAGCUAUCUUUUGCGGGACAAUGCAUUCAACAAUAGUGACCCUGAAGCAUCUUGCACAUGUCUACAAGAUACAGAAUGUGUACCUGCUGGCCUAUUGAAUGUAUCUGCUUGCCGCUAUAAUGCACCUGUCUUUGUAUCACGGCCGCACUUCUUAUUGUCUGACUCAUCACUCCUUGAUGCCGUUGAGGGACUGAAGCCUGAUCCAGAAAAACACAAAUUAAGACUUGGUCUUGAACCUACUACUGGAGCACCCAUGUUUGUGGAUGCACGUUUGAUGUUGAACUUGCUGCUCGAACCUGUGAAACACAUUAAGAUGUUUGAGAAUCUCCCCAGGAGGAUGUAUUUUCCAGUAUUUUGGUUCAACCAAAAGGCAGUACUUAGCGAUGAAUUAAGUACAUUAGCGAAACUAGUGCAGAUAGCACCUGAUGUCGGAAUGGGUGUUUUCUUUGGAUUAGCUGGAAUUGGAGCUUUGAUGCUAUUCAUUGGAAUAAUGCUGACUGUGCGCCAUGGUUGGAAAGGCUCAGACACACAAGGGCUAAUCUAUGACAAUUAAGAAUGCAUUGAUUCAUCAAAUUCAUAUUGAAGUGCCUUCGAACAAACAUUGAAAAAGACCCACCUUAGACACAGCUGUCACAUAAUUUUGUGCGGUUUUCACUAAGAAUUUUGUGGCCUUUCUAAAAGUAUUUUUGGUACUUUUGUGUGCCCUGAUAAAAUAAUGUUUUCCAUUGUCUCUGGUAUUCUUUUGUAUCUCGGCUAAAGAAUUAAGUUUUCAAGUUGUAGUUUGAUUGUUAGUGGGAGUGAAAUGAUGAUACAUUUAAAAAUAAUGCAGCUUACAGCAUGUGUCACAUUUAGAUUCUACAACUUGUAGUUCAGGAUAUAUCGUGUGUGAGUGAGUGAGAGUGUGUGAGAGAGAGAGAGAGAGAGAGAGAGAGAGA